AAAAUGAAAAAUUGUUUUAAGAAAUGACGAGUUGGAAGUGUGUGUAAAGAGAAUGGCCUCCGUCGUAGACCUUGUUUGAAGUUAAAUACUACUACAACGAUCACGUAUUUUGAGUAUUGUCAAAAUAAUAUUAACAAAAAAGUUCAACUCCGUUUCACCGAGUCAUCCAGGAGUAAUAAAUCUGUGGAUUAUUUUAUUUAAAUAAUUCACUAAACAAGAAAAUAAUUUAACAAACGAGCUGUUAAAAGUGGAACUGGUGUGACCUUUCAAGAUCGUGCUGUGGACGAUUUAAAACAUUCAGUGAAAGUAUUUAAAUAAUACAAUUAAUUUUUAGAUUGCCGUUAAAUUAUGGAGACAUCAGAAGAACCAUCAAGCCUGCAGUCAAUUUGUCAUAUUCGAGCCUCAGAGCUGUUCCCAAAACACGCUCACUAUGAAACAGACGAUCCAUCACUGAGUGUACCAUUUACACCUUUGAGUGGUGAAUAUGUCGUGGCAUUGGGAAGAACUGCCGAUGGCACAUUGGCUCUCUCUAAUUACAGAUUGUACUUACAAUUGAGCCAAGCGUGCUACAAUAUACCGCUAGGUCUUAUUGAACAGCUAGAAGUUAAAGAAAUAUUUUUUCUACACAUAAGCUGUAAAGACGCACGCUCAGUGAGCUGUGCAUUCUCCACAAAUGAACACUGCUUAGAGUGGUUCAAGCGAUUACAUAAAAUAACUUAUACAAAAAAAAAUAUUGAGGAGAUAUUUUGCUUCGCAUUUUAUGCUUGGUCGGUGGAAGAAGGCAGGGAUUAUCUUCGACUUGGAAAGGAUAAUAAUUCAUACAUCGCGUCGUUUAAUUCAGAAGUUGAAAGAUUGAAAUUUAAUUUACAUGGUACCUGGCGUAUAACCCAAAUAAACAAGGACUACCGAAUGUGUCCUUCUUAUCCACCAGAGUUGCUGGUACCAGCGUGCAUUUCUGACGAGAAACUGGAACUAGUGGCUAAAUUCAGGAGCUCGAGGCGGAUUCCAGCGGUGAUAUGGCGCAACGUUAAUAACGGUGCUGUGAUAGCUCGCAGCAGUCAGCCAGAAGUUGGUUGGCUUGGCUGGCGAGAGCCCGAGGAUGAAGCGCUGCUAAAAGCCUUGUCAGAUGCCUGCUCGUACGACCGUGGCGAGUCCACGAUGAUGGACUCUCCACUGAGUUACCCGGAGUCUAACGAGUACACACCGACUAGUAUUGUCAGUAGCACCAGUUCUAAAAAAGUUCUGAUUGUUGACGCGAGAUCUUAUACAACAGCCGUCGCUAACAGAGCACGUGGUGGUGGCUGCGAGUGUCCAGAGUAUUACCCCAAUUGCGACAUACAAUUUAUGAACCUUCCGAACAUACACUCGAUCAGGAAGAGCUUUCACGCAGUGAGACAGCUCUGCGCCUCGGAUGCUGAUCAGCCGAAUUGGCUGAGCUUGUUGGAAGGAACUAGGUGGCUGCAACACAUGUCUGGGCUGCUACGUGCUGCUGUUACUGUUGCCUCCGCGAUUGAAAGAGAUGGACGUCCUGUACUUGUUCACUGCAGUGAUGGAUGGGAUAGGACACCUCAAAUUGUUGCCCUCGCCCAAAUAUUAUUAGAUCCAUAUUAUCGAACGAUGGAAGGUUUUCAAAUACUUUGUGAGAGAGAAUGGUUAGACUUUGGUCACAAAUUUGCCGAUCGCUGUGGUCAAAUAGUCGGCUGCGAAGAUCCUAACGAAAGAUGUCCGGUAUUUCUUCAGUGGCUUGACUGCGUCCAUCAAUUAAUUAGACAGUUUCCUUGUAGUUUUCAAAUGUCCUGUACAUAUAUCGUAAAACUUGCGCAGCAUACGUAUUCUCAACUUUUUGGUACAUUUUUGUGUAAUACCCGUCAAGAAAGAUUACAAUUACGGAUAAAAGAUCGUACAUUUUCAGUAUGGCGUUUUCUUAAUUAUAAUUCUUAUAUAAACCAUUUAUAUUCACCCUCGGAAAAUCAGGUAUUAUGGCCGAGUUGUAAUGUACGUGACCUUAAACUCUGGUCUGAAGUGUACCUUGGUUCCAUGGAAAUGUCACCUAAACCUGACAAACAGCGAGUUUCUCUGAUUGACAUCGAAGGCACGGACAAUGAGGAGCCGCAACAUGGACAAAUGACCAAAACACGUUCUUAUGGUGAUCUUGUUCACACACAAGACCACGUAGCAUAUCUUCACCGCAGACUGAGCGAUCCUAGUAUUUCUAUUGAAAAAAAAUUUGAUUCAUUGAAUCUGGAUAAUGUUUCGGAUAAGACUGAAGGCGAAAGUACUGAUGAUGAAAAAAUUCAUAGCAUUUGUGAGCGAUCAUUAGAGUGUGACGCUAAAUUAAAUAAACAUAAUGUUAAUGAAACACCAAAUGACGUCCCGGCAAAUCCAUCAGUCGACAGUUCAACAGAUACUUUGAUACCCAGCAAUGAGCCGGGUCUUUUAGCUGCUUUGGACAGCAAAAAAGACGAUUUUAGCGGACAAGAGAAUACAUUAUCGGUCGAAAACGGAGUUGGACCCUGGUUAGAAAGUAGCGCAGCGGCUAUUGAUAGAGCACCAUGUACGUGCAAUCGUGUGAACCAAGAAGAUAUAAGCGACGCUAGUGAAACAAGUAUUCCUUUAAAUUCAAGAACACCCAGUAGUAUAUGCCCUGCAUCACCAACACAUCAGGACAUUAUCCUUGAUAAUCCUGAUAGUUUAGACGAUGUUGACGGCCUUCCUGUUAUUCAUUGUGAUGUACAAUUGCGCAUACAACAAAUUAUUGUUGAACACAAGGUAAGAGAAGAAGCCUUGAGGAAAGAAUUACAUACGACACGUUUAGCUCUUAUUAAACAAGUUUGUAAUAAUCAUAAUAAUACGGAAAAUGAUCGAGUUGAUGAUAUUGGAUCCUUACCGGAUUCAGUCGGCAGUGCGGGAGAUCACGGUGAAUCUCUGCCCUCAGAUAUGUCUUGGGAAGCCGUAGAAGAACUUGGACCAGCGCCAACUCUCUGGGUACCUGACCACGCUGUAAAUCGAUGCAUGGGUUGUGAUACUGAAUUUUGGUUGGGUAGACGCAAACAUCAUUGCAGGGGUUGCGGUAAAAUAUUUUGCGCGGAUUGUUCGGAAAAUUCGACCCCACUUCCAAGUGAACAGCUUUACACACCAGUACGGGUAUGCAGCGAAUGCUUUUCGCGGCUUCAUCAUCAUCAUCACCACAACGCUAAUUCCUGUCAAUGCAAUACGUUGCGUCAGUCAACAACAACAACAACAACAACAACAACAACAUCAGCAACGGCGGCUGCAAGUAAGCACCUGGACAGUAAUUACUCUUCUGUAGAUACAACACCCUCUAAUUCCGAAAUAACCUUUGUCGGUACAAAGUCCAAGCUCACUAAUCAUAUUUCUAAGGAUAACGGGUGUGCUGAGACGCUAGCAAUAAAUUACCAAAAAAAUCAAACCACUAGUUCGGUAGCAAGUGGUCAGGUUGUCAAUUAAUGCAACACCGAAAUUUUAGGUAUUAAUAAUAAUAAUAAUAAUAAUGAUGAUGAUUAUUUAUUUGAUUUUAUUUGGAUUCAAAAUUAAUAUAUUUAAUUAUUUAUUAUUGAAAAAAAAUUUAUAUAAUUAAUAUUAUCAGUGAAAAUUAUAAAUCAUACCAAAUUUUAAUAAAUUAUUAGAUAGAAAUUAGAUUAGAUUCCACUCGACACAUUCUACUCAUUUAUCAUCAUAUUAAUGUAAAAUAUAAGUCAACACACAUACCUAGUUGCAGCUUGGGUACCCAUAAACAAAAAGGAUAAAUAAUUAUGUAUUAAGAUCGUAUUAUCGGUCGAAUAUUUAUUACUAGGCUAAUAAUGAUAAUGAUAUUUUUACGACAAUGCAUAUAUAGAAUUGGUGUUUAAUAGAUAACAUCGUAAUCGUAAUGAGAAAAUAAAUGUAGUUUUAGUACAUACAUACAUAUAUAUAUUAUAUAU